GUGUACGCUCGAAGGUGAUGUCUUGGGCCCGAGCACAGUCACUUCCACUCUUGCAACACCCGACCGUACAAGCUGACAUCCUGGCGUCAACAGUCUCUCACUCCGCGCUCGGACAGCAGGCCUGCAUACUAUUCAUUCAUAUGCAAUGAAUAUGCGCUCCUGUUGAUUUAUAGUUGCCCCUCUACGUUGCGACGUUGCACAUGAAUUGGCCCCUUUGCUCGCUUGGCAAAACAGUCCCGGUUGCAUCACCUUCACAAUAUCUCUUAAUAGCUGACCGUUCUUGAGCCUGCUUACCCCUCAACGGAGGAGAAUGCGGAAUACAAGGGCCAGUAGCGGGGCCUUGCUACUGGCGGUGCUCCUGGGCAGUCUUACGCUUGCAUAUGGUCUACCGAAGCGGCGCAUGCUUGGCGAGAAUGUUGUGCUUCAAGUUCAAGUGAAUGGCGAAUUGGUGGACGUGCUGGCGCCGAGCCAGGAUAGCGAGAUCGAGGAGGUGACAACCGUCGUGGCUGCCGGCGGCAGCUCCGCUGACCCGCAUUCAGCUCUCACACUGCUGAGCACGCGCUCCGUGAGCGCGCCGCCGCCGCCGGCACCGGCGCCGGGGGCGCUGCUGCAGCAGUCAGACGUGGCAGCCAGCAGCGGGGGCGGCAGCAGCGGCGACAUCAGCUACAGGAAGACGUGUGGAGGGACUUUGCCGGACUCCUGCGCCGCCACCAGCAGCGCAUCGCGGCAGCUGCUGCGGCGGCGGGGGCGGCGGCGGCGCGUGCUGCAGCCGCAGCUGCGGCCGCGUGUGAGCGUGGCCGUGGCGGCGGCGGCGGCGCGCCGCAGCCUGACGGCGGCGCUGGCGGAGCAGCUGCUUGGGCUGCCGCCGCGGCCGCCGCGCAGCGCUCCGGCUGUCGGCGCCUCCGCCGCCGCCACCGCCACCACCACAAGGGACAGUGACGGCACCACCAGCAAUCGCAGCAGCCGACAGGAGCAGCAGGUCGGGGGUGCAGCGGUGGCGGCGACGGCGGCGGCGGCGCCAUCGAUGCCGCUGCCGCCGCCGCCGCCAUUGCCGCCACCGCCGCCCACCCUGGAAGCUGCGUACCUGCAGUUGGAAGCCGUCGUGUCGGCAGCAGUACAUCUGGGGCUGCUCGUACACGAGUACAACUGCAAGCAGCGCAGCGGGGCGGCGGCGGCGGGCACCGCAGCGGCGGCCAAGGCCGUUACUGCCGCCGCUGCCGCCGCCGCCGCCGCCGUAUCAACAGCAGCAGCUGAUAGUGAUGAUGGUCAGUUGCCGCCGCUGGCGGCGCCGCCGACGCCGCCGGCCGGGUCUGACGCGCCGCCGCAGGGGGUGCGGCGGCGCAUGACGCCGGCGGCGGCGGUGGAGCUGGCGGCGGCCGCAAACCGGGCCUGUGCUGCAGCCGCGGCCACUGGUGCUGCCGCCACGGCUAAUGCCACUGCUACACUCACGGCUGUAGCAACGGCCGGCUCGGGCGGUGUGACGACCGCCGCCGUGGCGACGCCCGCCGCCAUGCCCGCCGCAGCCCUCCCACGGUGGCUGGGAACGGCUCCUGCACACGCGCCCGGCGGCACGCCCGGCGGCAGUACCAACCCUGGCCCGGUAAGUGCCGGCAGUAGCAACUGCUGGUGCAUUCGGUGGCGGCGUGUGGAGCUGCGGAUUUUGGCGCCAGGCUCGCCUGUCCCCGCCCCCAACACGCCGCCUCCACCUGCGGCCGUGCCGCUGCUACAGCCUCCGCCGCAGUCCACGCCAGCUACAGCCAUGCAGGCGAGGGCGCCGGUCACACCGGGCGCGGCGGUGGCGGCGCCGCGGGCGCGCGUGGUGGAGUGGCUACAGCCCGCAGCGGGCGCGGCGAAGCCCGGCGGCAGUAGCAGCCGCAGCGCUGGCGGUGGUGGCAGUAGCACUGGCGGCGGUAGCAGUGGCGGCGGCGUCGCGGUGUGGGUGCACCUGCUGUAACGCUGUAGUCUGUAGGUGAGAAGCAGGCACGCCCUCUGUCUGCUGGCUGAUGCUCUCUCGCUGGUGCCGACCGACCUUUCAAGAGUCUCAGGCAGGCAGCAGGGCAGGCAGGAGGGCAGGCAGGAGGGCAGGCAGGAAGGAGCGCAGGCAGGCAGGAUGGCAGGGCAAGCCCCAUGCCACAUGCAAUGGCGCCUUACACGCACUCCAUACACGGUACCCAUUGUCAUAAGGACUGGAAUGUAUGUGUGCGUUCCACUUGAGGGCAGGCUGGGCAGGCAGGCGGUGUAUGGUACCGGUACCGGUGGGCUGUUGAGAUGCGGCGGACCGCCCAAAGUGUGACACUGCGUGGGGCGUGCGGUAGUGGUAGCGGUGGCACAAAGCAUGCGGCAGUGCGUGAGCGCGGCCGCGGCCGAGGAGCUGUUGUCGAGCAAGGGGAAGGAGGAGCGCCUCAUUGCCGCCGCGGUUUGUGUCUCAUCAGUGGUAGGGCGCACAGGCGGCACCGCUUGCGUGUGGCUGGUGUGAUGCGUGGGUGCCCGCAGGCGUCGCAGGAGUCGGGGGAGUCGGGGGAGCCGCAGGCCUUUCAUGAAAGCGCCGCCGGGGGCCUGGGGGCUGAGGCACCAGGAUCCAGCGCCUUCGACGCCUGUGUGCAUGUGUGUUUAUGCAAAUCUUGACAUGCUGUGGGAGGAAGGCCUGACGGCGCGUAAGUCCCUACUCUA